AGCUGCUGACAGCGGAGGGAGAAGGACCGUGGUCAACCUCGCGGUUCAGCUGUAUUCUAGUAUUUCUUUUUUUCUUGGAGAAGGAGCCACGGGACAUUCCUACAUUUACGAAGAGAGACUUGGUGUGGUUUAAUUUCGGGUUUCCCCAUAUUCUUUCGUCAGCUGUCUAUUGAAGCUUGCCCUCCGCAGGCAGACGGAACCACCUCGAAAAUGCCUCCCAUCGAAAAAGACACCGGGAAGACUGAACUGAAAUCUCAGAUACAGCAACUUAUUGACUCCAACCAAGUGAUGAUUUUCAGUAAAAGCUCCUGUCCGUACUGUGUCAAGGUGAAAGACUUGUUCAAAGAGCUGAACGUCGAAUGUAACGUGGUGGAAUUGGAUCUCAUAGAGGAUGGAAACAACUACCAGGAGAUGCUUCUCGAGAUGACCGGACAAAAAAGCGUUCCGAAUGUCUUCGUCAACAAGUUGCACGUCGGAGGCUGUGACAAAACGAUGCAGGCUCAUGAAGACGGCAGCCUAAAGCAGCUACUAAGCGGAGAUGCCGAAGCUUACGAGUAUGACCUCAUCGUCAUCGGAGGAGGGUCUGGAGGCCUGGCCUGCUCAAAGGAAGCAGCUUCGUUGGGAAAGAAGGUCAUGGUACUGGACUACGUUGUGCCCACGCCAAAGGGAACCACCUGGGGUCUCGGCGGAACCUGUGUGAACGUGGGCUGCAUUCCCAAGAAGCUGAUGCACCAGACUGCCGUGCUGGGCACUUCCAUGCAGGACGCGCGCAAGUUCGGCUGGGAGUUCAGUGAGACAGGUGAGGGCGCAGAGCGCCGGCCCCGGAGGUCGCGGAGGGGGGACAUCGAGCCGGUUUGUCGCGUGACGCACAACUGGGACACGAUGAAGACGGCGGUGAACAAUUACAUCGGCUCGCUGAACUGGAGCUACAGGGUGGCACUGAGGGACAAGGAUGUCAACUAUGUCAACGCCUAUGCAGAGUUCAUCGAACCACACAAAGUCAAGGCAACCAACAAACGGGGGAAGGAGACGUUUCACACGGCGGCAAAGUUUAUUUUGGCCACGGGAGAGAGGCCGCGCUACCUGGGCAUCCCUGGAGACAAGGAGUACUGCAUCACCAGCGACGACCUCUUCUCGUUGCCCCACUCCCCGGGAAAGACCCUGGUGAUCGGGGCGUCGUACGUGGCGUUGGAGUGCGGUGGCUUCCUGGCAGGCCUGGGCCUCGACGUCACCGUCAUGGUCCGCUCCAUCCUGCUAAGGGGCUUCGACCAGGACAUGGCCAACCGCGCCGGCGAGCACAUGGAGGAGCACGGCGUCAAGUUCCUGCGCAAAUAUGUCCCCGUGAAGGUAGAGGAGCUGGAAGCGGGAACUCCCGGCAGGCUGAAGGUGACGGCCAAGUCCACGGAGAGCGAUGAGAUCUUGGAGGGAGAGUACAACACGGUGCUGAUAGCAGUGGGCCGAGACGCUUGCACCGACAAGGUCGGCCUGGACAAGAUAGGGGUCAAAGUCAACCCCAAGAAUGGGAAGAUUCCGGUGAACGAUGAAGAGCAGACCAAUGUGCCCCACAUCUACGCCGUCGGGGACAUUCUGGAGGGCAAGUUGGAGCUGACGCCUGUCGCCAUCCAGGCUGGCAAGCUGCUGGCACGGCGCCUCUACAAGGGCGCAACGCUCAAGUGUGACUACGUCAACGUUCCCACCACUGUCUUCACCCCAAUGGAGUACGGCUCCUGCGGUUUGUCGGAGGAAAAGGCCACAGAGCUCUACGGGCAAGACAACCUGGAGGUGUACCACAGUCUGUUCUGGCCCCUGGAGUUCACCGUGCCCGGAAGAGACAACAACCGGUGCUACGGCAAGAUCAUCUGCAAUAAACUGGACAACGAUCGAGUCAUCGGGUUCCACUACCUGGGGCCAAAUGCCGGAGAGGUAACGCAGGGUUUUGGCACAGCCAUGAAGUGCGGCGUCACCAAGGAGCAGCUGGACGGAACGAUCGGCAUCCACCCGACCUGUGCUGAGAUCUUCACGAUGAUGGAUGUGACCAAGAGCUCCGGCGGAGACAUCGAACAGGCCGGCUGCUGAGGUUAAACCCUGCUCGUUUAGCUGAGGCUGCUCUCGCGUUAGGACUCUCCCACUAAACCGCUCCGUCUAGCUUAUUUUUAACUCUGCCUCACCUCCAGCUUCGAGGUGACAUGACGGAAGUGGAGGUAGUUUAGAUGCGAGUGCAGCCUGCUGAACAGCGGGGUUACUCUGCUGAUAUCCCCCCGGGCUCCACCAGUGUGUCCUUGUUGAGGAGCACCAAAUACACACACUUGCCUAAGCGUGUGUGUGUGUGUUUGGGCUGUUUGUGACGUCCUGGCCCGUAACCUGAAAUUACUGAGGUGGGCGAGGAUCGAUGUCCCUCUGCAGGAACGCGCCGAUGGUGCUAUAAACCCCUUUGUCCCAAUUCCCCCGACUUUGAACAAUUCUACUUGAGAGCCGAGCAAAUUCUUUGAAACAUCUUCCAGAUAAAAAUGUACUGGGAAUUUUACAACCCGACUUGUAUUCAAUCUCGUGUUUAUAAACAAAAAGAAACUAAAAAAAAAGAAGAAAUUUUCACUGGUUUUUACUAAAUUAAUUUAACUCUGGUUUGUUGCAUCUUGCGUAUUCGCCUUCUGCUUUUCGUGUAUGUAAAAGAUAUAUAUAUAUAUAUUCGAUCCUCCAGAGGGCAGACUUCUGUCUGCUGUCAGACAGCGACUUCAGCCUUCUGCACAAAUGACUUGUUCGUUGGUGUCGACCCACUGUAGAUUACUCCUCUAAAGAUUUAAUAAAGGAUGAAUUCACCUUC